GACUCAGUCACGCGCGAUAAAAUUAAUUACAUGGUCCACGAUUCCUCUGCUGCCUCUUCACCCCGUCCGCUCCACCAGCUACUCCUCACCACAAAACGAAGAUCGAUCUGUCGAGGUUCUAGAAAGUGAGCGUCGAGGUUCCUGCAAGGACGAGGUCGGUCGAUGUCAAGAUCCGCAGGAAGCAAACACCGUGAUUCAUGCAAGGCGGAGGUCAGCCCGCCGGCCGGCCGCGAGCUCCGUGGUUCGUGCAUCAGUAGGAUAUCAGACAUCUACUAGCUCCGCCGAGGUCGUGAAUGACAUCGAGUUCGACUUGUGCUCCUCUGAAUGCUGGUUUCUUUGUUUUUUUCCCUGGCCAUGAAAGGGGAUCUAUUAUGAUGUUUGUGUUCUUGCGCAUCCAGUUGCUUUUUUUUCCUUUUCUUAUUAUAAGAGUAUCAUCAAUUAAAUAGUAAGGGAAUCGAUCACAUGUUCUUGUGCGAAGCAGCAGGAGCACCAUGAAUAGAUCUUAUGUUGUUCUGAUUGUUGGAUUGUUAAGUAUCUAGAGGGGAAAGAGAGAGAUUCCGGUAAUCAAGUUUUCCCUUCAAGUUUAAGACUCUCAGUCAUAGGUAACCAACCAAACAACAACUCUACAAGGCUGCCUCGUCAGGCAAAAAUCAGUUAUUCCUCAGGCUAGUGUCAGGCACCGAAAUUUCUCAGGCAUAGCUCCAAGGCUCCCAAGGUAGCAACCAGACAGCCCCUAAAAACCGGCAUGGUUAAAUUUAGCAAGCCGAUGGCAGGGGUCUCCCAGACUCCCUCUCCACCGCGCGCUGCGCUACCUCUCUACCCCUCGAAGGAAACAACCCCCCGUCCGUCCUCGCCGUAACCGCCGAUCGAUGUGGUCAUCGUGGACCCUGCGGAAGCCAGCCUCCGGGCGUCUCACGCAGUCGCCCUCCUUCUCCUCGUCCGUAACCUCGUCGUCGGCCAAGGACCAUAAUGGCAUCGGCUCCGUCCUUGACGACGCCUCGCCCAGCACCGGCGGGGGCAAGGCCGCCGUCCUGCACCGCGUGCGGUCGUCGACCAAGCUGCGGACCUGCAAGUCGUUCGCGGCGGCCGAGGAGGCGCCGGGCGGCGAUCGCCGCGUCGUGCUCUACUUCUCCUCCCUCCGGGCCGUGCGGCCCACGUUCGAGGCUUGCCGGGACAUACGCGCCAUCCUGCGGGGGCUCCGCGUCGCCGUGGACGAGCGGGACGUGUCCAUGGACGCGGCGUUCCUCACCGAGCUCCGCGCGCUGAUGCGACGGGACCGGCCCCCGCUGCCGCAGCUCUUCGUGGGGGGCCGCCUCGUCGGGGACGCGGACGAGGUGCGCAUCCUGCACGAGACUGGCGAGCUCCGGCGCGUCGUGGCCGGGGCUCUGCAGGCGGCGCCGACGCCGUGCGCGUCGUGCGGCGGCUCGCGCUUCACUCCUUGCUGCGCCUGCGGGGGCAGCCACCGCAGGUUCAGCGACAAGACCGGGGGGUUCCGCGUCUGCACGGCGUGCAACGAGAACGGCCUCGUCCGGUGCGCCGCCUGCUUCACCGGUGGCUGACGCGCCCCGAUUAUAUCUCGCCGAGCCUAUCUCGGAGGCGACCACUUAGAAUUGCAUGCAUGCACGUGGAAAUGGAAAUGCUGGCUAUCUCAAGUUCCAAAUGUGCCUCGUUCGGUUCAAAUCCAAGAACUGUUG